AUGUCGAAAACGCUCCUCAAAAAAUCCGAAUGGGAACGUCAGCUCUCUUCGAUCAACGUUGCCAAAGAUGAUCUGAACCGCCUCGUCAUGGACUACCUAGUCAUUGAAGGUUAUAAAGACGCAGCCGAUUGCUUCAGCAAGGAGAGCGGCCUUAAGCCUUUCGUCGACUCGGACAGCAUUCUCAACCGCAUGAUCAUCCGAGGGGCAAUUCAGCGCGGAGAUAUUGACGAUGCAAUUGGCCGCGUCAAUGAACUUGAUCCAGAGAUCCUGGACAACAACCCGCUGCUCUUCUUCCAUCUUCAGCAACAGCGUCUGAUCGAGCUCAUUCGGGCCGGUCUUGUCAACGAAGCUCUUGCCUUUGCCGCCGAAGAGCUGGCACCUCGCGGCGAAGAGCACCCGGAUCUGCUACCGGAAUUGGAGCGCACCAUGGCACUGCUUGCCUUUGAUGUGCCCAAGGCUGCGGGCGUCGCUGCGACAGGUCCGCUCGCUGCGCCUCCUCAUGUCGCUGAGCUUCUCUCCCCCAGUCAGCGACUCAAGACGGCUGGAGAGCUGAAUGCCGCUAUCCUCGCUUCUCAAAGUCAAGGCCGAGAACCCAAGCUGCCUCAGCUGAUCAAGAUCCUCAACUACACCGAAGAGCUCAUGGGUCCCACGGGCCCUGGCAAGAAGGAAUUUCCGCGCCUCGAUCUUGAAGGCGCCCUGGGCAUCGGUGCUGGUGCCACGGGCACUGCGGUUCGCAAUGGCGAUGCCGAAACGGCGCUAACAGCUUGA